GUCGGCCCCGCGCCAGUGUGCAUCACUAACCUCCCCUGACCCCCCCCCCCCCUGAUCCCCUCCCCUCGGUCAAAGGUGACACGGAGAGGUCUCGUUCAGUGACGCAGUACCGUACUGGGGGAGGGGGAGGGGGGGGGAGGAUAUCCAGUAACCAGACCAGCCCGGCUCAGCUGUUUGGCGCCGGCCGGCCGGAGCUGAACGACCACCGGACUGCUGCAGUUUGGGACCCGGGACUCAGGACUCCGGACUCGGGACGGACUCGCUGCCGGAUUUGGACUCAGUGCGACGCAUUUAGGCAAGAUGUGGCCGCUAGGGUUGCUCUUUGCUCUGGCGCUGGUGGCGCCAUCUAUCGCUGACACACCGGCCAACUGCACGUUUGAGGACAUUGCUGGCACGUGGAACUUCUACGAGGGUCUUCCCGUUGGAGAUGAAACCAUCAGCUGUCCCGACCAUAAUGCGUUCGAUAAGAAGUUUUCCGUGCUGCUGGAGUACCCGGACACGGCGCAGGACAUGUUUGGAAAUCUGGGCACCUGGACCAUCAUCUACAAUCAGGGUUUCGAAGUGCGCAUUAUGGGUCGGGUGUACUUUGCGUUCAGCGACUACUCUACAUCCGCCUCGGGCGAGGUGACCAGCCUGUGUCACCAGACGCGCGUCGGGUGGACUCAUGACGUCACCGGUCACAACUGGGCCUGCUUCCGGGGACACAAGACGGGCGUCACGGCAGCGCCAUCAAAACAUAUGAUGGUGCGGGAGGCCUCCGACAAAGUGAUGCACAAAAACAGCAGGCAGAUCAUUAAAUACGUCAACGGAGGGGACUUCGGCUGGAAGGCUGCCUUCUAUCCGCAGCACGAGAGAUUCACCAGAAAAGAGAUGCAGCGCCGCUCGGGAGGACACCUGUCCAGGGUGUACGGUCUGACCAGACGCGGAGAUCGCUACACCACCGUCUCAGAACAGAUGGAGAUGGAUCGUCUGCCGCGGGAGUGGGACUGGAGAGACGUCGACGGCGUCAACUACGUGUCACCAGUCAGGAACCAGGGCGCCUGCGGCUCAUGUUACGCCUUUGCCUCGAUGGGAGCUCUCGAGGCGCGCGUGAGAAUUCUCACCAACAACACGCGCCGCUCCGUGUUCUCACCCCAGGACAUAGUUAGCUGCAGUGAAUUCAGCCAAGGAUGCUCCGGCGGCUUUCCCUAUUUGAUCGCAGGGAAAUACGGCAUGGAUUACGGCGUGGUGGUGGAAGCCUGUAACCCGUACAUGGGCAAGGACACGGAGAAUUGCACUACGGACGAGACCUGCCGUAGGGUUUACACCUACCAGUACAAAUACGUGGGAGGGUUUUUCGGCGGCUGCAGUGAGUUAGAAAUGAUGCGUACUUUGGUGAAGAAGGGACCGCUCCCUGUUGGUUUCGAGGUAUAUCCCGACUUCCAGAGCUACAAGGGCGGCAUCUAUCGGCAUGUCACCGAAACGAGACAGUUCGGCUUCGAUCCGCUAGAGCUGACCAAUCACGCCGUGCUCCUAGUCGGUUAUGGAGUAGAGAACGGAAAGAAAUACUGGAUCGUCAAAAACUCCUGGGGAGAGGAGUGGGGUGAGAAGGGCUUCUUCAGAAUCGAGCGCGGGAACGACAUGUGCGGCUUUGAGAGCAUGGCCGUCGACUUUGACGUCAGCCCCUACUGAGUGGUGAUGUCACACACCGACUGGUGACGUCACCUCUGUCUGAACACUAUGACUGAAGUGACGUCAUACGGAUGGGGGUCGCACGAAUGACGUCAUAGUGUGAAUGCAAAUCAUGCUGCCAGACGUCACGAAGACGGGAGCAUGCGUCAGUGACCGUUCCACUUGGUGAUGUGGUUGCUUAGAAAAACAUUGGUUCUCUUAUAACUGCAAUAUCACAUAACAACUGAGCAAUAUCACAUAUAGUAAAAGCACACCGAAUAUAAGUUAUCGGUGCCGUAUAUACGAGUACUGUUUUAGUCAUAAAAUCUACGCUGCAUUCCGGUCAUGGCUUUAUGAUGCAAAUGCUAUAUGGUUAAUAAUGCUUAGAUCACCAAGAGCCUUGCAGAGAUAGUGUACCUAUAGCUUGUAUUUUACAUUUCUGGUGGAGACCAGGAGAGGUGCCUUUUUGUUUAGACCCUCUUUUCUCGAUAUUGUUUCUUGUACAUUUUUGCAGAGUUUCGAUGGUUAUUCAGUUGCAGAGCUCUACGGUAUAUACCUACUUACCAGAUAUCAACCAAUGCUCGCCAUGAUUAUGCCAAUAAACUGUAAAGCAUU